GUGAUUGGCAACUUCCCAUAGCUUCGCCGCCGUGUAAUCUAAGGCUCACAGCUUUACCCUUUCGUUUUUUAUUAGGUUCUCUUUUGGUCAUCAAUCAUACGAAUCGUGUUGUUCAUUCCCUGUUUGUUGUAUCAGUUUCAAGAACUUCUGUCGUCAGGCCAAUUGUAGCAGCAGGCGCUUUUGCUUCUUAGGUGCUCAUCAGCAAAGAUCUUUUGUCAUUUGGAGUUUUUCCCUUCCCUGUUUUGUACUCUGAUUUUUGUGUUACUUUAGUUCUCUUGCUCUGCAAAUUCUGUUCUUGACUUUCUGUUAUUGUACGCAAUGGAUUCGAAGUGUACAAGAGAAGGUUCGUCAUCUUCUACUCCUUGUUGGAAUUACGAUGUGUUCUUAAGUUUCAGAGGUGAAGACACACGCAAAAACUUCACCGAUCACCUCUACACUGCUUUGCUUCAAAAAGGGAUCAACACCUUCAGAGAUGAUGACGAGCUCAAGAGAGGAGAAGAUAUCGCCUCGGAGCUGCUGAAAGCAAUCGAAAAAUCGAGGAUUUCUGUCAUUGUUUUUUCCAAGAACUAUGCUUCUUCCAGGUGGUGUCUCGAUGAACUCGUCAAGAUAAUCGAGUGCAGAGAGAUCGGCCAAAUGGUUCUGCCUGUUUUCUAUGAUGUUGAUCCAUCGGAUGUUCGGAAACAGAGUGGGAUCUUCGGGGAAGGAUUCGCGAGGCAGGAAGAGCGUUUCAAGGUUGAGACGGAGAAGGUGGAGAGCUGGAGGAGAGCUCUUAAAAAAGCUGGGAAUUUAUCAGGGUGGGAUCUACGAAAUGGAUAUGAGUCAAAAUUUAUCCAGAGUAUUGUUGACAAGGUUUUGAGUAACUUGAAUCGAACACAUUUUCAUGUUUCCAAGUACCAAGUUGGAUUAGAAUCCCGCUUGAAGCAAAUGAAAUCAUUGUUAAAUGUCGGAUCAGAUGAUAUUCGCAUCGUAGGGAUCUGUGGUAUGGGGGGCAUUGGUAAGACCACCAUUGCCAAGGCUGUCUUUAACGUAUUCUUACGUAGAUUUGAAGGUUGCAGUUUUCUUGCAAAUGUUAGAGAACUGUCAGGACAACCCAAUGGUUUGGUUCAUUUACAAGAACAACUUCUUUCUGAUAUCCUAAUGGUAGGAAACAUGAAAAUAACCAGUGUAGAUAGAGGUGUCAAUAUGAUCAGUGAAAAGCUUUUCUCCAAAAAGGUUCUUGUUGUCCUUGAUGAUGUGGAUCAAUUGACCCAAUUAAAUGCAUUGGCUGGAAGGCGUAGUUGGUUCGGUUUGGGAAGUAGAAUCAUCAUAACAACCAGGGAUGUGCAUUUGUUAAAUGGUGUCAAGGUUGAUGAAAUAUAUAAGAUCACGGAAUUGAAUACAGAGGAAUCUCUUAAGCUCUUUAGUUGGUAUGCCUUUGGAAAUGAUCAUCCGACAAAUGAUUAUUUGGAGCUCUCAAAGAGUAUAGUUGGUUAUGUCAAUGGACUUCCUUUAGCUCUUGAAGUUUUGGGUUCUUUUCUAUUUGAUAAAAGCAUUAUUGAAUACAAGAGUGCACUUGAGAAAUUGAAAUGGAUUCCAUAUCAUGAAAUUCAAAGGAAACUUAGAAUAAGUUAUGAUGCUUUAAAUGAUGAUUUGGAGAAGGAUAUAUUCCUUGAUAUUGCAUGUUUCUUUAUUGGGAUGGACAAGGACCAUGUAAUUGGAAUACUUGGCAGCUGCAAUUUCUUCCCAGAAAUUGGCAUUAGUGUUCUCAUCCAUAGGUCUCUCAUAACAAUCAAUGAAAAGAAUCAGGUGAUGAUCCAUGAUUUACUUCGAGAUAUGGGACGGGAAAUUGUUCGUGAAGAAUCCCCAAAGGAGCCUGGUAAACGCAGCAGAUUAUGGUUUUAUGAUGACGUCCACAAUGUCUUGACAAAACAUACGGGAACGGAAAAUGUUGAAGGCCUUACUCUAAACAUGCAUGGAAUUAUAGCAGCAGAUCAUAUCCGUACUGAAGCCUUUGCAAAGAUGCAGAGGCUAAGACUUCUCCAAUUCAAUCAUGUACACCUUGCUGGAAACUACAAACAUUUUUCAAAGGAGUUGAGAUGGCUAUGUUGGUAUGGUUUCCCUUUGAACUCCAUACCUACUAACUUUCAUCUUGAGAACCUUGUUAUACUUGACAUGCAACAUAGCAAGAUCAAAUAUCUUUGGAAGGGAAUCAAGUUGCUCAAGAAGUUGAAAGUUCUGAAUCUCAGUUAUUCCCAUGGCCUAACCCAAACCCCUGACUUUUCUGGACUCCCCAUGGUUGAGAAAUUGAUAUUUGAAGGUUGUACAAGUUUGGUUGCGGUUCACCAUUCCAUUGGAAAACUUGAGAGACUUGUGUUUUUUAGUUUAAAAGAUUGUGUAAACUUGAGAAAUCUACCAAACGGCAUUUGUGAGUUGAUAUCUCUUGAAAAUCUUAUUCUUUGUGGUUGCUCAAAACUUGAAAAGUUGCCAGAAGACAUUGGAAAUAUGAGAUGUUUAAGGGAGCUUAUUGUAGAUGACACUGCCAUACAAGAACUCCCCCUUUCUAUUGGAAUCCUGAAGAAUCUCAUAAGUUUAUCUUUAAGUGGAUGUAAGAGAUCAACCUCUAAACAUUGGAACCCAUUCUAUUGGUUUUGGAGUUCAGUAAGAAAAAUACCUGAUUCCAUCACUGUGCUGCCAACUUCUCUCAUGGGUUUAUCCUCUUUAAGAAAACUAAAUAUGAGAAAUUGCAAUUUGUUGGAAGGUGCAAUUCCUGGUGAGAUUGGGAGCAUGUGCUCAUUGGAACAUUUGGAUAUGGGCAAUAACAAAUUUUGUAGACUACCAACCAGUAUCCGUCAUCUUUCUCAACUGAAGUCCCUUAAGUUGGAAAACUGCACAAGGCUUCAAUUCCUUCCAGAACUUCCAUCAAGUUUAGAGGAACUUAAUGCAGGUGGCUGCUCAUCAUUGGAACGAUUAUCAAAUUUUGAAAGUCUAUCCUCAUUGAUCAAGUUGGAUAUAUGCUACACCAAUUUUUGUACCCUACCAGCUUGCCUUGGUCGGUUUUCUCAGCUCAGGGACCUUGUAAUAAGUAAUUGCUCAAGGCUUCAAGUGCUCCCAGAGCUUCCAUCAAGUUUAAGGGUAUUAACUGCAAUAGGUUGCACAUCGAUGGAAAGAUUAUCAGAUGUUUCUAACUGUCAUAACUUGCCCUUUUUAUUCCUUGAUGGUUGUCCAAUGCUAGCUGAAAUUCAAGGCUUUGAGAACUUGAAGUCCAUAGAAGCUAUUUUUAUGAGGGGGCGCAACAAUCUAUCAAAUAAUUGUAAGAGUCUUGAGAGUCGUCUCGUCCAGGGAUUGUGUGGGCAUGGUAUGUUGGACAUAUAUCUUUCUGGGAGCAAGGUUCCAGAUUACUUCUACCAUCGUAGUAUGGGGUGUUCAAUCAUUUUUGAGGUUCCUCCGCUUUCAGAUAGGAAGAUCCAAGGGUUAACUGUAUGUGCUGUUUGGACAGGCAAGAAAGAACCAUAUGAAUUUGUCUCAAGAAAUACUCUUCCUGUUAUUAUUCAUAAUAAAACAAAGGGUCAUGCAAGUGAAAUCGCCCCACUUUUGUAUCCUUUGAAGGCCUAUUAUCAAGAUGAGUUGUUGGUAGCCCAUAUACCACGUACUGACUUGGAUUUUCCAUUGGAGCAUGGUGAUCAAAUUGAAGUUUCAGUAAAUAUAGGAGAAAAAUUCCAGUUGAAAGAGUGUGGAGUGAAUCUAGUGUAUGAACAAGAUGAGAAAUGUUCCCGGCCGUCAGACAGUGAAGCAGUGAUUGGAUGUGGUAGCUCCCAUUUGUGUGCUGCUGAUGUUAUCAACACAGAUAAUUCAGGUGUUAGAAUUGGGGUUAAGAGAGGUCUAAAUGAAGAAGUGGGUCUCCAAGGUGAUCAGUCUACUGAAGAACAAGAACCUAAGAGGUUGAGGACCAAGCUUAGUCCAGACAAUUGAGGAUUCUAUGGAGUUACUUCAAACCUUCUUAACUUUUAGAGAAACCAAAGUUGAUUCAUCAAGGUAAGCUCAAUAGGGUAGGCAUUAUGUAGCCUUUUUAGUGAUUUUAUUUGGCAAUUGCUGUUGUAUUCUUAUAGAGGGGAAAGGGUGUGAGAGAAGAUUUGUUUUGAGUCUUUGAAAGGGAAAAAGAUCUGUAUUAUAUCAGAAAUUAAGUGUGUUUCAUUCAUUUAAUAAUAA